AUGCAGGCACAAUCGCACGUCUUCUUCUACGCCAUAUCUCCCCAUCAGCCGUUCUCAUGCAAUGCUCAUAGCAUUUGUGAUAGCGAAUUGAGACCUCAGGGGAUAGGAUUGUAUCCCUUGGUUUCCAUCAUUAAUCACAGCUGCGCUCCCAAUGCGAUUUUGGUGUUCGAAGAACAGAUGGCUGUUAUUCGAGCUAUGGAGUACAUACCAAAGGAUUCAGAGGUAACUAUCAGCUAUAUUGAAACCGCCGGAAGCAAUCUGACUCGGCAGAAGUCUAUGAAAGAACAAUACCUCUUCCAAUAA